CCGAAACACCGAGGGUCGGAAGAGGAAGUAGACUCUACGUGCGCUCCUCAGGGCGACGUAAAAAAAAAAAAAAAACCCAAACAAACAGUGAGGAUCCAGCGACCCGUAGCAUCAGUAGCAAUGAAGCUUCGACUUCACUUUGUAGUGGAUCCCAUGGGCUGGCUCUGCAUCAGCAUGGUGUUUGGGAUCUGGCUCUACAACACCUUGUUCAUCCCCAAACUGGUGCUGCUUCCUCACUACGAUGAAGGCCACAUCCCCUGGGCCUUAGUUGUUUGUUAUUACAUAGCAUCGGCUCUCUGCGUAGUGGCCCUGUUUAGAGCUUCCACUGCAGAUCCCGGCCGUCUUCCUCUGGACCCACACAUACCUCACUCUGAAAGAGAACACUGGGAGUUGUGCAAUAAGUGCAACUUAAUGAGACCUAAAAGGUCACACCACUGCAGCCGCUGUGGUCACUGUGUGCGCAGGAUGGACCACCACUGCCCCUGGAUCAAUAACUGUGUUGGAGAAGACAACCACUGGCUCUUCCUGCAGUUGUGUUUUUAUGCUCAGGUCCUCAGCUUUUUCACAUUGGUGCUGGACUUUUGCCAGUACUAUUAUUUCCAGCCGCUGACAAGGCUAGACCAGGAAAGGUUUACAACGCGUCAUGAACUGGCUCUGCUUCGAGUUUCUGCUGUCAUGGGUGUGGUCAUGUUUGGUGGCAUGUCAAGCCUGUUUUAUUCCCAGAUGGCUGGCAUCCUCUCUGACAUGACCACCAUUGAAAAAAUGUCUCAGUUCUCCAGUGAAACAUAUGGAACCAAAAGAUCGUGGCAGUGGGCGCUCGCUGAAGUUUGUGGCACACGCUGGAAACUUCUAUGGCUCCUCCCACUGCGCAGCAGACAGCCUCUGCAGGCGGGCCACCAUUACCGCAGCCAUGUAUAGCCCUGCCACACUACAUUUCCUCUGCUGCCUACACUCUCAGUAGAAGCUGCUAUAGUUAAACACUCAACAUACUCCUAAAAACCCCACAAAUAUAUCUGCUACUAUUCAUCCUCUGCUGAGCUACAAGAGCGAUCAUGGUUUGUGAGCGGAUAUCUAAUUUUAUCCUUCUCUUUUGCUUAGAUCUACUCUGUGUAUUUUUUUUAUCAAACAGGGUCACAAAUACAUUUUCAACUAAUGCAAAAUGUUUUAUUUACUGUGAGUGCUAUUUUUAUCGUUUUGGGAGCUACCUUUGCUGGUAGCAAUGCGACAUCUCUCAGGACACGUCAUAAAAAGCCUUCACUAGUUAUCACAAGAACAAAUCAGUUAGAAAUGUUUGAUUUCUGUGGAAAGUUUGUGCCUUUUUUUUGUUUUCGGGACUUUUUAUUAGUCCUAUUCUUCUUUUAAAGCGGUUCUUAGAUAGGGUUACCCUCUAAUGAUUCAUGAAUGUUUUCUUCAAAUGAUAUAUUAUAAUUUUAUCUAUAAUGUGUUUUGUUUUUAAAGGCAAGGCCACAGAGCAAAGUUGAUACCUUGCUACUCAGAAGGAGAUGUUAUACGAUUGCAGAGAGCUUUAAAGCAAAGAAAGGCUAAUAUAAUCAAUAAUAAAUAAUCCUGCUGUAAAAUAUUAGUUUAAUAUUCACGGAUCAGAAGAUGAUGUUCAUUUUCUAUUGUUUUUUUUUUUUCGAAUUAUGCUGUUAGAAUCAGCUGUUUUUCUUAAAAGUUCAAGGUACAGUCAUAUAUAUACAUAUAUAACUAAGUGUUCUGCUUUUGUUUUAGCUUCUAAAACCAUCUUGAUCAACAAUACCUUGAUGUUUGUGUGUCUAUCUUUAUGUACAGUCCCUUUAAGGACCCACUCUAAGCCUAUCAAGGAGGUUGAGGUCGAUACUCUGGACUCUGGAAUAGUCUUACGGUAGUUUAACUCUAGACCACUUUGCUAUAUAGAGGAGCUCAGGAUCAACUAAUUGAAUGCAAGGGAUCCAGGGUUCUGGAUACUAGCCCCAAAUCAUUGGCCAUCUAACACAAUCCUUGAAAGUUGGUAUGAGAUGUUUGCGUUGUUGGUAUAUUUGUAUAUGACCAAACAUGUCUAAUUUGGUCUCAUUUGUGCAAUGGCUUUUCUCGCACAGGUCUUUUGGUUAAUCCAGGUACAUCCUCAAGGUUUUCUCCAGGCAGGUCUUCCACACAAGCCAUACUCGUUGAGUCUUUUUGUUUAUUGUUUGACAUCAAACACAUUUAGCUCAUGGAUUUUGAUUUCCUGGGAUGUCUGUUAUGAGUAGGGUUGGUAACUCCAAAUAGCUUUGAUUCCUAACAAUGUUAAUCUCUGUGGAAUAAUGAGUUUAAAAUUAAUUGGAAGUGUCACUAGACUCUUUUUGAGAUUGAUGGAUUGCAGCAGUUCUGUCUCUCCAUAUCACCGCUUCUUUUUGCUCUUUGCUAUUGUUUUAACACACACCUUUAUUCACCAGACUGCCAAACAGUCAAACCCACACUUUAAUGGAGGUAGUCAGACUUUCAAGUGAUCCUUCGCACCUAUGAAACAACUCCUGGCUGCAAUUUUUUUUUAAAUCUUAAAUAAUCUGGAAACAAAUACUUAGUUUUUUAAUCAAGUCAUGUGGAAAAUGUGUAUUUAUAAAUGUGUAGGUUAAGUCAGUUUAUUAGUGCUUACUAGAAAUAUAUUUGACUAAUUUUAACAUAAAAAACUAUACAAGCCACAUUCUUAAGCUCUUCUUUUGAAUAAAUAUAAUUAAUCAUACUAAUUACAUUACAAAUAAUUGGAGCCGUUUUUCUGUAAGUUUUAGGAAAUUUGAGUCUUGCCCUUUAGGUCAAUUUUAUAUGCAUAUUUUGAAUUAAAGUUUAUAUUUAUAUUCCAGAUAGAGAGCUCAAAGACUGGUCAUGUUGUAGAAACAUAAAUAUAAUUUUAUUAAGCAGGCGUAUAGGGGAAAAAAAAAAAAAAAAAAACAAGUACAUGUACAAUCUAAAAGACAACAGCCAGAGGUUUCAGAGAAAAAACAAUUUCUAAUUAAACUGAAGGACAGUCAUUUAAUUCUGUUAAUGUAGAGCAUUUAAACCCACUCCACUUAAUCUAAAUUAUCUUAGUUUUGUAGACUGAGAGGAAAUAAAAUUAUUUUAUCGUUGAUUUUCUUUUAUUUUUCAGUUUUUAGAUGGGGCUAACAGUGGCUAACAGAUAGCCAGAUAUUCUGGGCUACAGCUUGCUAACCACCUUUUGCUACAAUUACCUAAUUGCUCUGUAUGCUAACACGGGCUAAAAUUGGCGUGCUAGCACAGAGUGAAUUAUUAUUAAUUAUUAUUAUUAUUAGUUUGUGAAUUGCUCUAUGCUAACACAGAUAUUUUUGGUGCUAACAGAUAGCAUGGAAUCAUUAUAAUUGUGUGUUUCUUGCUGUUUGGGUAGUAAACUCUAGUUUGCUCUGUUAAUUUGACAUAUUUAUGAUAGCUAUGUUAGAUUGCCCCUUGAAAAAGCUUGGGAUUUUACUGAAUUAUUUACAAAAAUAAAUAUUGUUAUAGUAAUGCUAAACUUGUAUGUUAACAAAGCAUAAUGUGUGUGGAGUAGUUUUAAGUGCCUGUCUAGGUCACCUUUUUUUUUUUUUUUAAACUUUUUAUGUUAUUUAACCAUCACUGUACAGUCCACACUGACCAAAGAUCUGGGAAAGCGUUGCAAUAAAUAGCAAGCAUUUAUUAAAUGCAUGUUUCACCCAAUUUUUAAAGGUAGCAGUUUUAUAUUAUGCACUGAAUAUCUAGCUAGCACACAGUCUGUUUUAAUAUGACUUCAUUUUGAAAGCAAAACCUUUUAAAGAGAUGUUGUCAUUAAUGGGAGAUAUGUAUUUGAAUUUGCAUGAGCAUAAUUUUAUGUUUGCAAAUUGAUUUUUGUUGUGUUAAGGUAUUGGAUGCUUGUGAGAUUUUUUAAAUCAUUAUUUCUUGGUGUUUUGGGAUACAAUGAAAGGAAAAAAUGUAUGGUUGAUUUCUAAAAGGUUGUUUUAUUUUCCUAUUAUUUAUUUAGUUUAAAAUAUUUGAGAGCAAUAAACAUUGUUUUUUUCUUAUUUCUGUUUUUACUGUUAUUUUAUUUUGUUAUCAUAAAGUUUACAGCUAUUAUUGACAUUAAACCUGUGUACGGCUGCCAAGCUUAUAACUACAUGUCAUUGCCUUGUACUGCAUUGCUGGAAAAUGUAGAUGUGAACAUUUCCGAGAGGCAGCUGUUGCUUGGCAUCCCACAGGGAUGAGAGUUUGGACCGUUGCAUUUUCUUUUUAUGUUUCGUAAUGCAUAGUUUUAAAGCCUUAUUUGGUUUGAAGUCAGACCUCAAACACUGGAAUACUUUUUGUGAAUGUGUUUCCAAUUAGUUUAUAAAUCUUAUGAAAAGUUGCCAACUUAUUACGUUACGAAUUGUGAAUU